AUGAACCUAUCAGACGCCGAGGUCUCUUCUCACCCACCAGACAGCAAUCAUGAGACAGAAAUUCAAAGAGAUAAUGCUUCUAGGGAGAGCUCAGACAAGUCUGAGUCUCGGAUCGAUGUCCUGGCGGCAGGUGUCUUUGAUCAUCCAUCGUCAGGGAGCAGCAUCUGUUAUUUUGGAUCAAGCUCUAACCAUGCCCUAUUCUGGUCCCUUACGGCAAGCAUCGCCAACUUGGGGCACCGCAGUAGCCGCUUGCAUCAAGAGCCUUUGCGAGCAGUUCAAGCGCACACUGGCCCUGCGCAUCUUCCGCAUCCUGCAUCUUCUUCGAUAGGCCACUACGGAAGCGGCGAGGAAGUUGACAUAGUCAAUACUCCCGGGCGAGAUGAGGCCAUGAAUUUGAUUUCACGCUUCUUCGAUACCGUUGGCGCUGUCUUGCCAUAUGUCAACCAACCUGCUCUGUUGGAGGGCUUUGACAAAAUUGUUGGACCUUCGGAAUCGCGACAGCGGCCACCUAGCCGUGUAGCUAAAGCUUUGAGGAGCAUUGUUUUCGCCCAUGCGCUUUCUACACAGGAUGUUGGUGCUGCAGAGCCAUUUUACCGUCGAACCUUGAGUCUAUUGGACCCAAAGACGUUGUAUGCCCCUAGUCUUGAGCUACUUCAAGCAUUGUUACUUCUAAGCAUCUUUCAGCAGAAUAGCCAACGUUCCACAGAAAGCUGGACAACACACUCCCUUGCUGUCAAGGCCUCCUACCAACUUGGCAUCCACGCGCCUUCGUCAUAUGAGCAUCUCACGGCUUCGGAGAAAGAACUUCGCUCAAGCCUUUGGUUCGCCACGGUCAACCAAGAUAGGAUGCUGAGCUCGGCCCUUGGGCAGCCAUGUAUGAUUCCUCUCCAACACGUUCGCUCCGAUAUUCUGCACAUGCUAGUAUCCAUGCGCCAACAGAGGACUGUUGAGAUGCAAUACUCGCAAGAAAACCUAGAAUACUUCCGAAACAUUGUGAUGUUGCAUGGGAUCAUGGGCGUCGCAAUGGAGUCUGUAUGUGGCUCCAAUAUCGACCCUUCGAGCUCAUUGAACGCGGAAGAACUACUCGGGAAAACCCUCGAGCUCUCGUUGAGACUGGAGAAAUGGCGCAGCAGCACAUCGCCUGGCUCUAUCCUGGAAUCUGAUGUCAACUAUAGCCCGUGGACCGAAGGCGACUUUGAAGCUCAGAGGAAUACCAUUUUGCUCUCAAUAUACUAUUACCGAACAGUUCUACUGGUACAUGGGUGUCUCCUCAUGUCUAUCCUCGAAGCAGCUACACGCAAGGGUCAGCAGGCGGUUUCUGGAGUACUCAAGAAUACCGCUGCAAGCCUCCUUAAGGAUGACCUGACAGCAUUGAACAACUUUUGUCACCUAAUUCGCGGUUUGCUAGCUUACAGCCCAGCUUUCUUCAAGAGCAAUGCCAUCUGGUGGACUUGUAACUAUGCAGCUCUUACUAUUUCCCUUCACACCUUUGCCUUCUGGUUGGCCUCUGCUAGCCCUGAAGCCGAGUUCAUUGCCUGUGGACACAACAGCUCCCAGCUGGAAGCCCGGCUGCGGGCCUGUUUAGACAUGUUACGAGCAAUAGGGGCAUCGAGUGCCAUGAGUGUAAAGGCGCAUCGCUGCCUUCAGCGUCACUUGGACUUUCUAAAAACCAGUUGUGAGCCUCAUGGAGAAUAUUUAUCCCUGAAUGAAACUGACGAGACCCAGCGAGGACCUCUGCCCCAGCAGACCACGCAUCAGAUCCCCCCAUGGUUUCACAUGCCCUCACACACACCCAGGAGCCGGGUAAUUUGUCUGAUCAGAUCAUGCAUGGCGAUCUGA